ACGGAGAAGGAAAUGCGUCGCAGCAUUGUAAACACAAGAAAUGUUUUCCGUCUGUUGAAAAUAACUCUUUUUAAUCGUGUUGUUACUCCAGCUGUUACAAUAAAUGACAGUUGCUGUCUGCCUUGUCAGUAGAGCCAAGCAAAGGGGUAGAGAUUCACCAACUUGGAAAGUGUGGAAAUGGCAAACAUGUUUCCACUCUCAUCGGAUGGGCAGGAUCCAGCUAAUCUCCGUGACAUAAAUGAGCCUCUCAUUGAUCAUUCAGAGGGCCAACUCUUCUUGAAUGAAGCCUUCAAAAUCAUUAUAGAGGAGGUUCUCUGCAAGGGCACAGACGUCAAGCAGAAGGUCUGUGAGUGGAAAGGGCCUGAAGAUCUGGCUCUGCUGCUGGAUUUGGAGCUCAGGGCGGAGGGGGAGCCACAACAGAGGCUCCUCCAGAGAGUAAAAGAUGUUGCCAAGUACAGCAUCAAGACAAGUCACCCACGUUUCUUUAAUCAGCUGUUUGCAGGAGUGGACUAUCAUGCCCUGGCUGGACGAUUCCUCAGUGAGGCUCUCAACACUAACCUCUUUACCUAUGAGGUGGCCCCAGUGUUUGUGCUGAUGGAGACUGAGGUUUUAAGAUCACUGCGGCAGCUGGUUGGCUGGACAGAAGGUGAUGGUAUUUUCUGCCCUGGGGGGUCUACCUCUAACAUGUUUGCCAUGAACCUCGCACGCUACCGACUUUUCCCAGAGGUGAAAAGCCAGGGCCUGUGGGCUGUCCCACGGCUUACCAUCUUUACAUCUGCCGAGAGCCAUUACUCUGUGAAGAAAGGGGCUGCCUUUCUGGGCAUUGGGACAGACAAUGUCAUCGUCGUGAAAGUGGAUGAAGGAGGCCGCAUUAAUCCAGAGGACCUGGAUGAAAAGAUAAAGCUGACAAAAUCUCAGGGUGCAAUACCUUUACUUGUGAGCUGCACAUCAGGGACAACAGUGCGGGGUGCGUUUGACCCACUGGACCGCAUAGCUGAUGUCUGCGAGAAACACAACGUCUGGAUGCAUGUAGACGCUGCCUGGGGGGGGAGUGUGCUGUUUUCCGAGCAGCACAGACAUCUGAUGCAAGGGGUUGCCAGAGCAAAUUCAGUAGCCUGGAAUCCACACAAGAUGCUGAUGACUGGCCUACAGUGUUCUGCCUUGCUGCUGCAGGAUACAACGAACUUGUUGAAAAAGUGCCACAGUGCCAAUGCCACCUACCUCUUCCAGUUAGACAAAUUCUAUGAUGUCAAUCUGGAUGUCGGGGACAAGACAGUACAGUGUGGCCGCAAAGUUGACUGUCUGAAGCUAUGGUUGAUGUGGAAAGCUGUUGGCUCCAUUGGCUUGGCCGAGCGUGUAGACAAAGCGUUUAACCUUGUAAGGUAUCUGGUGGAGCAAAUGAAGAAAAGGGAAGGGUUUCAUCUUUUGUGGGAGCCAGAGUUUCUGAAUGUAUGCUUCUGGUUUAUACCGCCCAGCAUGAGGGGAAAGGAAGGAAAUGCAGAUUACCAGGACAGACUGGCAAAUGUAGCUCCAGUCAUCAAGGAGCGAAUGAUAAAGCAAGGCACGAUCAUGGUGGGCUACCAACCUUUGGGAGACAAGGUCAACUUUUUCCGCAUGAUUGUCCUCUCUACGCUGGUUUCCAAGGAAGAUAUGGACUUCUCCCUUGACGAAAUUGAAAGACUGGGAAAUGACUUGUAAACAAAGCAACUUGAAAGAAGUGUUUUCUAGACCUUAGAAGUUGUGCAUUAUGCGUUGUAUUUUAAUGUUGAAACUUUAACAAACAGCCUGACUGUACCAUUUAGAUAUUUGAUUUGCUCAAUUAAGACAGUUGUCAUAUUUAUAAUGAUAUACUUAAGCAAUAGCUCAC